CGAAAGGUGGACAGAACAAAUGACGCAAGGUGUGUGUGCAGCAAGAAUGUCUCGCCACUGUUGCUGCUGCUGCUGCUGUUCGUCGUCAUCAUAAUCAGCAUCGCGAGGUUGAGCUCUCGACAGAGCAGCCUGGACUGUGUGCAAAUCUGGUGCUUCUGAUGACAAUGCGAAAUAACAGUAAGACCAGAGAAAUGUUCAUUGUACGAGCCUUAGAGAAAAUACUCGCUGACAGAGAUGUCAAACGAUCACAUCUGUCACAGCUCAGAAGAGCAUGUGAGACUGCACUUGAGGAUCUCCGAAAUGAGAUCAAGGAGGUUCCAAAUACACAAGGCGAGGAAGCUCCAUCGAAUGCUUUACCACAGCCCAAGAAUGAAUCUAACUUCAUUAGUGCAGAAAAGUAUUUUCUACCAUUCGAGUUGGCCUGUCAAAGUAAAUCACCUAGGAUAGUAGUGACAUCCUUAGAUUGCCUACAAAAACUCAUAGCUUAUGGUCAUCUUACUGGUAGCAUUCCAGACUCAACUGAUCCUAAUAAGUUAUUGAUAGUACGCAUAGUGGAGACAAUAUGCAGCUGUUUUAUGGGUCCUCAAACAGAUGAGGGUGUACAGUUGCAAAUAAUCAAGGCUCUAUUGACUGUGAUGACAAGUCAACAUGUUGAGGUUCAUGAAGGGACUGUGCUGUUAACUAUUAGGACUGUUUAUAAUGUUUAUUUGGCAUCUAAAAAUUUAGUUAACCAGACGACUGCUCGAGCUACUCUUACUCAAAUGAUUAAUGUGAUAUUCGCCAGAAUGGAGACUCAAGCCGAAGAGGAAGGUAUGAAGCCUGAGUCUGAGCCACAAGGUAUAACAGUUCCUCAAGGUAUAGAAGUAGAGAGUGAACCUAUAAAUACAUCAUUGAGAAGUUCUGUGAUGCAAAUUGGUGCAGAAAUCACGACGGAAACACCACCUGCAGAUGAACAAUCAUCACCACCAGAACCAAUAGACAUCGCGCAAGAAGCUCAGCAAAUCGUCCAAUCAGUGAUCGACGAGGUGAUCAACAAAAUUGCAAGAGCAGACAUGGUAGAAGAAAGAAUUGAAGAAGAGCAAUCUAAGUCAGCGAUAAUCGAGUCACCACCAAAUGAAAUUGAACAAUCACAAAUAGAACAGCCAGAAACGCCGACAACUCCAUCAGUACCAAGUGACGAGCAGCAGCAACCACCAACUAAUAAUUCGGUGGAAGAAACGCAAGACGAAGAAGCGCAAGCUAUCGCUGAGAGUGAUAAUAUGGUCACGGCAAAAUUCACCCAUGUAUUGCAGAAGGAUGCGUUUUUGGUUUUUAGAGCACUUUGUAAACUCUCAAUGAAACCUCUACCUGAAGGGACGCCUGAUCCCAAAUCACACGAACUGCGUUCAAAGAUUUUGUCGCUGCAACUACUUCUCGGUAUCCUUCAAAACGCCGGUCCAAUUUUACGCUCGAACGAGAUGUUCAUAAUUGCAAUCAAGCAAUAUCUCUGUGUUGCAUUAUCAAAAAAUGGCGUAUCCUCAGUGCCGGAAGUAUUUGAAUUAUCACUCGCACUUUUCCUCGUGUUACUUGCUCGAUUCAAAGUUCAUUUGAAAAUGCAGAUCGAAGUAUUUUUUAAAGAAAUAUUUAUGAAUAUCCUUGAGACGUCGAGUAGCUCAUUUGAGCAUAAAUGGAUGGUUAUUCAUGCUCUAACAAGAAUUUGCGCUGACGCUCAGAGUGUCGUUGACAUCUAUGUUAACUACGAUUGUGACCUCUCGGCUGCUAAUUUAUUUGAACGUUUAGUGAAUGACUUAUCAAAGAUAGCGCAAGGCAGGCAAGCAUUGGAACUUGGCGCGUCGCCAAUACAAGAGAAGUCCAUGCGAAUUCGUGGUCUCGAAUGUUUGGUUUCCAUUCUCAAGUGCAUGGUCGAAUGGAGCAGAGAUCUUUACGUGAAUCCUUCAGUGCCGAUUGAUCAACAAGUGCCAACGGAACCACCUGAUCCGCCAUUGGAUUCGAAUGGUACUACCAAUUCAACCAAUGGAAGUAGAUUAUUGCCCAGGUAUGGUAGUGCUGGAAGUUUGUCAUCGGCUAACUCAAGUUUAGUGGGAAAUAAAGAGGUGCCUGACUCACCUGAACAAUACGAGGUACAGAAACAACAGAAAGAAGUUUGGGAAACUGGUAUUGAGAUAUUCAAUCGAAAACCAAGCAAAGGUGUACAAUACCUCCAGGAACAAAAUCUUCUAGGAUCUACAGUAGACGAUGUAGCACGAUGGUUUCACUUGGAUGAGCGUCUAGAUAAAACUGCAAUCGGUGAUUUCCUCGGCGAUCAUAAUAACAAUCAAGUUAUGUAUAGUUACAUUGAUCAAAUGGAUUUCAUUGAGCGUGAUCUUGUUUCUGCGCUUCGUUAUUUUCUCGAAGGAUUCAGACUGCCUGGAGAAGCUCAGAAGAUCGACAGACUUAUGGAGAAAUUUGCUAGUCGUUACUGCGAGUGUAAUCCGAACAAUGGUCUAUUUACAAGUGCUGAUACCGCAUACAUACUUGGAUUCUCGAUAAUAAUGCUGACGACAGAUCUUCACUCGCCUCAAGUUAAAAAUAAAAUGACUAAAGAGCAAUAUAUAAAAUUGAAUCGACGAAUUAGCGACAACGAAGAUUUACCUGAAGAUUAUUUGUCUAAAAUUUAUGAUGAAAUUGCUGGAAAUGAGAUCAAGAUGAAAACUAAUACCAACAGACCAGGAAAACAAGUAAUAUCAAGUGAAAAGAAACGCCGUCUACUUUGGAACAUGGAGAUGGAAGUAAUCUCAACAGCAGCGAAAAAUCUAAUGGAAUCAGUGAGUCAUGUACAGGCACCAUUCACGACAGCCAAACAUUUGGAGCACGUAAGGCCGAUGUUUAAAAUUGCUUGGACACCAUUCCUCGCAGCUUUUAGUGUGGGUCUUCAAGACUGCGACGAUCCUGAAAUUGCUUCGCUUUGUCUUGACGGUAUUCGUUGUGCCAUUCGUAUUGCCUGUAUUUUUCACAUGACGUUGGAACGAGACGCUUACGUGCAGGCUCUCGCAAGGUUCACACUCUUAACUGCGAACUCGCCCAUUACCGAAAUGAAAGCCAAGAACAUAGAUACGAUUAAAACGCUAAUAACGGUAGCACAUACGGAUGGUAAUUACCUUGGCAGCUCGUGGCUUGACGUCGUUAAGUGUAUCUCUCAGCUGGAGCUUGCGCAGCUGAUUGGUACUGGCGUCAGACCACAACUUCUGGGGCCACCGUCCAAACCGCAUUUUCCAUCGCCGCUAGCUAACUUUACGAAUUCGGCGAAUAAUUCGCAGAGUAAUGGAUUGAAUUUAAGCUCCUUAGAUCCAAGUGUAAAAGAAUCGAUUGGAGAGACAAGCUCUCAGAGUGUUGUAGUUGCUGUAGAUAGAAUAUUUACAGGAUCUACGAGACUUGAUGGUGAUGCUAUCGUCGAAUUUGUUAAAGCUUUGUGCCAAGUAUCUCUUGAAGAACUCGCUCAUCCAACGCAACCUCGCAUGUUCUCGCUGACGAAAAUCGUUGAGAUAUCUUACUACAACAUGGGUAGAAUCCGUCUACAAUGGUCACGUAUCUGGCAAGUGAUCGGCGAACAUUUUGAUCGUGUAGGUUGUAGUCCACGCCAAGAAAUUGCUUUUUUCGCUGUAGACUCACUUCGCCAGUUAGCAACCAAGUUUAUCGAAAAAGGAGAGUUCGCCAAUUUCCGAUUUCAAAAGGAGUUUUUACGGCCGUUCGAGCACAUCAUGAAGAAAAAUACGUCGCUAGUAAUCCGAGAUAUGGUCGUUAGGUGUGUCGCACAAAUUGUACAGUCGCAAGCACCGAAUAUACGGUCUGGUUGGAAGAAUAUAUUUAGUGUAUUUCAUCAUGCCGCGGGUGACAGAAAUGAGGCUGUUGUCGAGCUUGCAUUCAACAUGACUGGCAAAAUUAUUAAUGAAUUGUAUGCCCAAGACUUUAGCAUCAUGGUUGACUCGUUCCAAGAUGCAGUCAAGUGCCUCAGCGAAUUUGCGUGCAAUACCGCCUUUCCCGACACCAGUAUGGAAGCGAUAAGACUGAUUCGUUCUUGCGCCUCAUAUAUCGAUGCAAACCCUCAUUUGUUCGCCGAGGGUAUGAUGGAUGGUUUAGACAAUGGAAUGGUAUCCGAAGAAGAUAGAGCUUGGGUACGAGGAUGGUUCCCGUUAUUGUUCGAACUAUCAUGUGUAGUUAGCCGUUGCAAGCUCGAUGUGCGAACUCGUGCUUUAACCGUUCUAUUCGACGUUGUGAAGACACACGGUGCUUCAUUUAGGCCUCAUUGGUGGAAAGAUUUAUUUCAGGUUUUAUUCCGCAUCUUCGACAACAUGAAACUGCCAGAGCAGCACACCGAGAAAGCAGAAUGGAUGACGACAACCUGUAAUCAUGCACUCUACGCAAUAGUCGACGUGUUUUCACAAUUCUACGAUGUUCUGGGUCCUCUACUGCUCGAACAAUUGUAUGCCCAACUGCAUUGGUGUGUACAACAAGACAAUGAGCAAUUAGCAAGAUCUGGUACUAAUUGCUUAGAGAAUCUGGUUAUUAGCAAUGGUAUCAAGUUCGAUGAAGAUACUUGGAAUAAAACUGCGCGAUGCGUUCUUGACAUUUUCACCAGUACACUGCCUACAGCUCUGCUCACGUGGAAACCUCAAUCUAGCAAUAAGGAAUCCGAUUUAGAUGUGAUAACUGGCGACGCGGAAUCGCACGUUGGUAUUCUGAAACGAAGCUGCAGUACUCAAAGCCUAUCUGUAACAGAGAACGUCCGUGUCAAAGUGUUUGCCGCAUUGUUAAUUAAAUGUGUCGUACAAUUGGAGCUCAUUCAGACGAUCGAUAACGUUGUGUUUUAUCCAGCAACUUCGAGGAAAGAGGAUCAGGAGAAUCUUGCUGCUGCACAAGCUGACAUGUUGAAUAGUAAAUCGGAAGUUGGGAAUAUUGGUCCUGGAGGUGACCAACAAAAAGAAGAACAAGGCAUGUACUGUGCAUUAACGUCGAAUCAUCUAAUGCAACUAGUCGACUGUUUAUUAGCAUCGCAUCGUUUCGCCAAGAGUUUCAAUUCUAACCACGAGCAGCGUAACAUCCUUUGGAAAGCUGGUUUUCGUGGCAAUGUCAAACCCAAUCUACAGAAACAAGAAACUCAAUCUCUCGCUUGUGCCCUACGUAUUCUCUUCAAGAUGUACAGCGACGAGUCGCAUCGAAAAGACUGGCCACUCGUAGAGUCGCGACUAAUUGAAGUUGCAAACGAAGCAUUGGAAUAUUUUCUUGCGUUAACGAACGAAGCGCAUCGAGAAGCUUGGACACCAAUUUUAUUGUUACUACUCGCAAGAAUAUUGAAAAUGGAAGAUGCUAGGUUUGCCGUUCACGUAUCAAGCACUUAUCCACUCUUGUGUGAGAUUAUGUGUUUCGAUUUGAAACCUGAAUUGCGAUCUGCGCUUCGAAGGUUCUUUUUGAGGAUUGGUCCCGUCUUUAGGAUCACACAACAGUAGAUGAUUUGAUUUUCCUUCUUUUAGCUUUUGUUUAUUUAUGCUACAAUGUACUAAGUAAUACGCGGUAUGAACGUGAAUUUCUUGGUUUAUUUCUUUCUUAGUGAUAACGCUCGUUUUGUGUUUCAUUAGAUCACUUUGCAUUUAUUACGAAUAACGUAGUGUACAAAGUUUUAUAUCAUAAAUCCAAGUUGUUGAUCUAACUGCUCUGUAGAAACGAAUAGAUGAAUAUCUUCCUGUUUUUUUUUGCUUCUGUAAAAAUGACGAUAAAUUUAUGUUCGAAGAUUGCCCAGAGAGUAACUUUCCACUAGUUAAAUUUAUGAAAUUAUACGUUAUAAUAAAUCUCAAAACAUGGCUGUUGAUUGGAAUUCCAUUAUAAUAGAUAAUGUUUUGUGAACGUGCAUGAUUCUUUUUUUUAUGUUAUUCAUAGAAAGUUUAUUUGUAAAUUAUUUAAAAGAUGAUGUACAUACUUGAAAAAGCUAAUAAAAGAGCUAAAUUUGAGUCAGUUUUUAUUUUAUUUUAAUAUUUUUAUGGAAAGAAAAUUUUUUAAAUUGCUAGUGUAUUAUUUGCGUCUACGACAUAUAUAUUUAUGUAGGAGUAUGUUGUUUGAAGAAAGAUACGGAUGUAGUAUAAAUAAACAAAGAGUUUGUGGAUGAUGAAGUGCUUUAAAUCUUUAAGCAACUAUAUAUCAAUGUAUCAUUGAUUGUACAGAAAGUGAAAAAUACCUAUUCUAAAGUAUAUAGUUGAGAAAUAAAAAAUCAAUAAAAUUGAUUAUUAAAUUGAUUAUAUCGUACUAAAAAAACCAAUUUUGCGAUAUAUAUAUACAUGAAAAAGUUUCGAUCGAAAAAUCAAAUGCAUAUUUUUCAUUAACUUUAUAUAUCUUUUGAUCGUUGUAUUGUAUUUAGUCAAACAGUCUACUUUAUUAGUAUGUUGAUCUUGAUGAACGUUCAUUUUUCGUUACAUGUAGACGCCGUUCACGUGGAUAAUUGUAAUUAUUCGCGUGGAAAAGUCGCUUGUGACACUUAAAUAUUUGUAACUAUAUUUCUUUUCCGUUUCACACAUGAGAAAUAAUUGUUCACACGACUGAGCGUACUUACAUAUUAUUACAGCAGUUAUAUUGUUACGCACGUCCAGAUAUUAAUAUUAACGUAGGUAAAAAAUGUGUACAGCAACGUACUCUCGUUUGUUUUUAUAUAGCUGCUACGAUUUUAAUAAAUCUCACAGUCACUUAUAAAAUA